GCACGUCAGCCCCUGGCAUCAAUCUAGUCUGUGAGCGACUUUCAGGACCGAGGGACUACCGCUGCUGGACUCUUUGGGUGGAAACAAAAAACACUUGCUUUUGCUUUUUGCGAGCCUGAAACUACUUUUUGUGUGUGGAAAUACAAGCUCCCCGCUCUCAAUCGCCUGUAAAGAUGCUGCUCCUACUACUGGGAAUCAUCCUCCUGCACGUCGCUGCUCUGGUUCUCCUGUUUGUGUCAACGAUUGUCAGCGAAUGGACGACAGGAGCAGGCGCAACCACAGACCUCUGGUUUAACUGCUCUACUGAAAAUGGAGGAUCCCACUGUGACCCAGCAACCACUGGAGAAUGGAUUCAGUCGGUCCAGGCUCUCAUGAUCCUAGCCAUCAUCUUCAGCUGCCUGUCUCUCUUCCUGUUCUUCUGCCAGCUCUUCACUUUGCAGAAGGGCGGACGCUUCUUCCUCACUGGAACCUUCCAGAUCCUUGCCAGUUUGUUCGUGAUGAGCGGAGCCAUCAUCUACACGGUGAUGAGUCCGGGGUGGGUGAAGAUUUCGGACCCAUCCUUCGGCUACUGCUACAUCCUGGCAUGGGUGGCCUUCCCUUUGGCGCUGAUCAGCGGACUCAUCUAUGUCAUCUUGAGGAAGCGAGAAUGAGCCAUCACUCCAUCCCAGUGUUCCCAGUAACCCCCUGCCCAGCUGCAAGUGUCAUCAGCCCCCCUCUGAAGUAUAAGUUUUGAUGUACCAAAGGGCCCUGGAGCCGCCAGGCCAAUACACCCAGAUCACAGCGAAGUGGGGGGGUAAUACCAAAAAAAUCAACAAGCAAACCAACACAAAAACAACCAAUACUGUCUCAGUUAAAAGAUGUAUAUAGUAUCUAUGGUUUAAAACCUAUUUAUAACACUUUUUACAUAUAUGUACAUAGUUGUUGUGUUGCUCUGUCGAUGGAUACGUGUAUGAGCUUUGUUUUAGCUGAUUAAGUGCCUCAGUGUUUGUUUGUAAUGAUGAAAUAAUUAGAUGCUAUUUUGUUGGGUUUUCUUUCUUUUUUUUGUUGCCUUUUUUUGUUUUGCCAAAGAAUUAGUAAAAAAACCAAAAAGUUUCUUCAAGUAUAUUAACCAAAGUGCAUGUAUAGAAAUAGACGGAGCAGAAGAUUUGGGCUUGCUUUACAAAAAGAGUGGUAACAUCCGUGGAUGUAGCAUAGCCAGGAAAUAUAGAUUUGGUCCUUUUCUAUUUUGUGAAUUUCAGUGUUUUUUUUUUCUAUUUCUUAUUUUCAACAAAAGAUGGUGCUAUGUAUUUAUCAUUCCUAUUACUGAUAGCAAACAUUUACAACAGAGUUACUUUGUUAUUGUUCAGAGUCAAACAGCCAUUAAUUAAAGCGAGAAUCAGACAGAGGUACACCUGUACAUACAGUGCCUGACUGCUUCUUUAGGGAACACAGUCUAUUUCACAUUGCAGUGUCUGAUUUUAUUUUUUUCUUUACUUUUUCUUCAUCAGCUACUGUAAAAGAAUAACUGAGUUUGGGGUGGUGCACUGAUGAAAUCAAAAGUGGAAUGUCAGUAUUACUCUGCGAGUUUGUAAAGAGUUGGAUUACAGUGAAAUUACUUUAUAUAUAUAUAUAAGCUUUAUUUUCGCUCUAAUUGCCUUAAUUGUCCCUCAUUCUCAUGUUCGUGUUCACUUAAAGUCUCAAGAAGCCAAAAUGCCUAUUUAGUAGAAUAAAUAAAAUAACACUGUGGGGCAUUAUAGCCGAAGGAAAAAAAACAAACUUAACAUUACUAGACAGAAAUGCCACUGAGUUGAAGCCAUAUAAGAAAAUACCAGAUGACAGGAAAAUAUAUUAACUCUAUAUGUGAGGAAAACAAGGACAGAGAGGUUUGCAGUGAUGAUACAAAUGUCUGUUUCACAUACUUGAAGUUUGACAUGCUGCAGUCUCUGCCCACUGACGUCUCCAAGUUCUACUGUAUACAAGCGCUGUUUAUGUGUUGCGCAUAACAGAUGGUGAUGACAAUCUAGCCUGAAAUAAAAACUACUCUCACAUUAUCUAACACUGUGUAUUCCACUGUUACAAGGGACUGGAUUCACGCUAACACUUGAUGAAUGCAGAAGUCAUUUUCUAGGCUGUUAUGCCGCCUGCCUGUAAAACCCAAACACACACAUAUCUGGGCUACAAAAGCAUCAUGUGGGAAUAACUACCAGUAAAUGGGACGAGACAUUAAAAUGACUGAUGCUUUGAGGUGAAUCAAAGAUGUCAGAAAGUGAAAUGCAGCAUGUAAAUUCCUGCGUACAGUCUAGCCGAGCGAGUCAACCUUACAGUAUGCCACCACGCUCCGGCAGAUCAAAUGAGCUGCCCUGUGCAUGUGGUUGCAAAUGCUGUACGCGACUUGUGUUACACGCGCCAGGGCGAAGGCACAGCGGCCAGUUAUUCAAAACACGCAGCUCGUGUUUCAGCGCCGACGGUGUCUCUCAUGGCAUCAGAAACAAGAGGACUUGGUUUUGAACGCUGUAAGCAAGGGUCUGUCCUCCACUUGACAUCUCCUGUGACAUCCUGUAGCCUUCCGAAAACAGAACUAUGUUGUGGUGGAUUAAAGUAUUUAAUUCAGAGCUUACACUAGCUAGUCUGCUGUGGGGUUUUCUUUCUUUUUUUUUUUUUUUAAGCAUGAUGCUCAUUAUUGGGUUCAGUUAGAAGAGACAGCCUCUAAUGACAACUGCCCUGCUACUCUGUGUAAAGCGACGAUUGUCUAUGCCAUGUUUACACCUAAACUUCCAAAUGCUCUUGAUAUUACCAAAGCUACUUUGAGUUUAAUCAUUAAAGGAUGUUUCUUACCACCA